AUGGAGACUGGAGAGCGCGCCCGCAUCAUCAUCCUCCUCGUCCUCCAGCUUAUCCUUCGCGUCCGCCGCCACCGGCAUCAGCGCUGCCGCCGCGUCCUCUGCCGCCGCCCCCUCUUCCCACGAACAAGAUGCCAUUUGAACUUAAGGAAGAUUGCUUUGGAGGGAGCAAAUGUAAUUUAUAAGCGUGAUGUUGGAAAAGUAUUAAUGAAACUUAGAAAACCUAGAAUCACAGCUACAAUUUGGUCCUCAGGAAAAAUUAUUUGCACUGGAGCAACAAGUGAAGAAGAGGCUAAAUUUGGUGCCAGACGUCUAGCCCGCAGUCUGCAGAAACUAGGUUUUCAGGUAAUAUUUACAGAUUUUAAGGUUGUUAAUGUUUUAGCAGUGUGUAACAUGCCAUUUGAAAUCCGUUUGCCAGAAUUCACAAAGAACAAUAGACCUCAUGCCAGUUAUGAACCUGAACUUCAUCCUGCUGUGUGCUAUCGGAUAAAAUCUCUACGAGCUACAUUACAGAUUUUUUCAACAGGAAGUAUCACAGUAACAGGGCCCAAUGUAAAGGCUGUCGCUACUGCCGUGGAACAGAUUUACCCAUUUGUGUUUGAAAGCAGGAAAGAGAUUUUAUAA